CGGGAAUUCGGUGAGCCGGUGGCGCGUGGAUGCAGGAGCAUGGAGCUGAACGAGAGGGUGCCGGCGGGAGUGCCCAAGUGGGCAUGUCCACAGCGGGAAGGAGUCUUAGUGUUGGCAUGGCCCCAGUGGAGGAUAUGCAAGCUCUGUCAAUCACCACCCUCUCCGCCUCCGAGGUGGAACAGGAGUAUGAACUGAUUGGUCCUUUAGGGAAAGGAACCUACGGCAGAGUGGAUCUGGUGGCCCACCGCACACAGGGCACAAAAUUGGCCCUGAAGUAUGUCAAUAAGAACAAGACAAAGCUGCGGAGUUUUCUUCGGGAGUACAGUUUGACAGUAGCUCUGGGCUGCAGCCCGUUCAUCAUUAAAGCUCUGGAUGUUCUGUUUGAGACGGAGGAGAGCUAUGUGUUUGGGCAGGAGUAUGCACCGGCAGGUGACCUGUUCGACAUCAUACCGCCUCAGGCUGGUUUACCUGAGGACAUGGUGAAACGUUGUGUGCAACAGCUCGGCUUGGCUCUGGACUUCAUGCACAGUAAAAAUCUGGUCCAUCGGGACGUUAAACCAGAGAACGUGCUCCUUUUCGACCGCGAGUGCCGACACGUGAAGCUGGGUGACUUCGGAAUGACAAGACGGGCAGGCAGCCGUGUCAAGCGUGUCAGCGGGACCAUCCCUUACACUGCUGCUGAGGUGUGCCAGGUCACAGGCUCUGAGGGCAUUGUGGUGGCGACACCCCAGGACGUCUGGGCGUUCGGCGUGCUCCUCUUCUGCAUGCUCACCGGUAACUUCCCGUGGGAAGCAGCACUGGCUAACGACACUUUUUACGCAGAGUUUCAGCGCUGGCAACACGGCACGUGCCCGCCGGGCACCGUGCCCUCACAGUGGCGCCGCUUUACUGAUGACGCUCUGCGCAUGUUCAGCCGGCUCCUGGCCCCGGAGCCUGAGCGCCGCUGCGGCGUGAAGGAAGUCUUCUACUUUCUAAAAUAUGAUCUGCUCAACCAUCAUCGUCGAAGAGCUUCCUUUAGAGCCUCGAGAGGAGUGGCUACCAGAGUCACUGUCCACAGACAUGGAGAAUCUGGCUUAGUGACUAACGCUUCCUGUCUUCGACCCACGCCUCUCAAGCGUAGCAUCCAGUCAGAGCCGAACUCCUCCAGGGAGGAGGCUUCCAAAAGCCCCUCACCCAAUCGGCAGGACAAGAGUAAGAUGGUAAUGGCAACACCCAUCGAGAUUUGUGUAUGA